AUGUUGCUGAUUGCUGCUGGUAUAACACAUGCAGAUAUCAGUGAUCGGCCGAUAACAAUCAGACUACCCCCACAGAAUCGUAAACCAAAUUUUAUGAAGGAAAUGGUACCACCGCGUUCUAUACAGUCACCAUUAGCACCGACUGCAUCGGCUAACCGUUCUCAAAGGCCGCAUUUAGGAAAUCGCCCUUCAUUGACUCCUGCUGCCCAACUUCCCGUUAUACCCUCGGCAAGUUUAUGUCCAAUCUACAAAAUACUUUUAAAAUCAACAGCUGCGGAGCAACAGUUUGUACCGCGUCCUGUAACAACCCCACCACCGCCACCUCCAAUAAACAUACCGCCAGAUGUACAAAACCAGCUUAUCAAAUUUUUCGGUCUCGACAGUUUUGGCAUACCCGGUCUCACGGGUAAUCAUCCAGAUGGUUUUGCAGGCGCUAUUCAGGAAUUGAGGGCUGCAGGAAUACCUGUUCAAGGCUUACCACUGGAACAUAUUUCUGGAAAUCUGCCAUCUUCAACUUUGCAGAAUGAUAUACUGUCACAAGCAAAUCCAGCAUUUGGAAAUCAGUUGAAUCAGUUGUACAACGAAGCAACAGGUCCCACACAUUAUCGCGGCGCAGGUAGUAUGCCUUUACCUGAAGCUACUCCUGGGGAGAAUGGCCUCAUUGGUUUAUUGUCAAGUUCAAUAAGGAAGCUAGUUCAAGAUACUGGUGUAGCUGAUGCAUUGUCGCAAGGCAUUCCUAGUGUUUUGGGAACAAGUGGUUCCAGUGAUACAUCGGUCGCAUACUCAACCGAUGCUGAAGCUGAAGCUGCAGCACAGAGUGCCUCCCGUUCCGGAAUUCGUCGGCAACAGAAUGCAGCGCAACGAGUACUUUCUGGAGUAGCGGCAGCACUUGGAGCUGGUGGUGGACGUGGACCAGCUCAUGCGGGAUUGCCACGAAUACCUGGUUUCCCACUGCUACCGGGUGGCAUACCUCGUAAUGAACAGGGUCAAAUAGAUGUUGUCCAGCUUAUUGGUUCAAUAACACGUCGUAUUUCGAAUGGAACGACGUUGGCUGAUGUGAUACCACCUGAGCAGUUGCAGACUCUUGCUGAUAACGUGACUGAUGCACUGUUACCGCCAACACCGGAAGAUUUCGACUUGCACAAAUUUAUGGGGAGGUGGUUUGAAGGUAUCAACAGUCCUCGUGCUACUGAACAACGCUGUGUUGUACAUCAUUAUGGCGGCUUAACAAAGAACGAUAAGACGGCUACUUUCACAGCAUUGAAAAUUUACCGUGAGGGGAGUGAAUUCGGUCCCGUACGUUAUUCAAUCGGUUAUGCUUUUCGAGGAGGUAAUAAAGAUGCCAUGUUGCAGCUACACAGCUCGGAAACUCCUGAUGCACAACCAUUUUGGAUUUACAAGUUGGGUCCGGAAGGAACAGAUCCAUUUGGUAAUCCACAAUAUGAAUGGGCAGUGGUAUCAAAUUGGGUGAAAUAUCCAGUAACAGUGUUAGUCCGAGAUCCGGAUAAAUUUAAAGCGAAAUAUGAACAAGAAGUGCUGCGAUGGUUAGAAGAUCAAGGUUUUAUUAAUGGCUUCAUUAGGGCAUUUAAUAUGCUACAGCCAGCUAGCUAUAGCUCUUGUCAGUAUGCCGACAGUACUUUCGAAGUAUUUGGACCUAGUAAACGUUUGACUUGA